AUUUAUUGUAACUAUUUAUUAAUUUCUUUUUUCAUCAACUGCUGCUUCUACACGACUACACGUCUGAAUUUGGAGAAGCCAGUGGAAACCAGUCUCUUUCUAGGGUUUAGAAAUCUAAUUCCCGGUCCCGAAAUCGAAUUCAUUCAUCUGGGUUGUUUCCCGCUCUGAGAUUCCAGCUCGCAAUUCCCUGCAAUGGCUGCUCCAGCUGGAGUCGACAACACGUUCAGGAAGAAGUUCGAUCGAGAAGAGUACUUAGAACGAGCUCGCGAGCGGGAAAAGCAGGAGGAUGAAGGGCGAUCGAAGUCUAAAUCCAAAGGUCCUCCUGUGCAGAGGAAGCCCCUAAAGCACAGAGAUUAUCAAGUUGACCUCGAAUCUCGACUGGGGAAGACUCAGGUUGUUACUCCAAUCGCACCUCUAAGCCAGCAGGCUGGAUACUACUGUUCGGUUUGUGAGUGUGUAGUGAAGGAUUCUGCUAACUAUUUGGACCAUAUCAAUGGAAAGAAACAUCAAAGGGCUUUGGGCAUGUCGAUGCGGGUGGAAAGAGCUUCCCUUGAACAGGUCCAAGAACGAUUCGAAAUGCUCAAGAAACGGAAGGAUCCCAGCACCUUCUCCGAACAAGAUCUCGAUGAACGACUCCUGAAACAGCAGCAAGAGGAGGAAGAACGGAAGAGACAGCGACGAGAGAGAAAGAAGGAGAAAAAGAAAGAGAAGGUGGCAGAAGAGCCAGAAGAUAUCGAUCCAGAUGUCGCGGCUAUGAUGGGAUUUGGUGGGUUUGGUACAUCCAAGAAAUAGAUGCAAAGUGCCUCUUGAAAGAAUUAAGUCUGUUUGGGUAAAAAUCUUCAGACGAAUGCUGUUCAUCAAAGAUAUAUGUUAGUUCUGCAGAGUAGCAUAGCUGAAGAGUUUUUUGUUGCCCACCCGAUUGCCUUACCAGUGAAAAAUUGUAAAACUUUCAAUGGUUUCCAACGUUGUAAAUCUUGAUGAUGCCAUUUCACGACUGUUCGCCCCUCUUUACUUCCGUUUCCUUUGGUUGAUGGGAUAAAAACAGAACAUAGAACAAGGGGUAUACAACGAUUUGGUUCGGACCAAACUGGAGUAGGUCGGUUUGAGUUAUAUCUUCUGGCGUUUCAGUUAUGAAAUUCUGAUCCAUGCAUAGAUUUGGUUCGAUUCGGGCAUAGACCGGUUUGAGUUCUGGACAAAUUGAACAAUUGCACUUCACAUCCUAUGCAGAAUGUAAAUAUGUAAUCAUUAUCGGAA